CACUCUUGUUUUACUUUUCUGACAUUUAUCUCUACAGGCUAAACGAUAUCAAAAAGAACCUCGUAUAGAGAGCCCGCCGAUCAUGUUGUUUCUACUGACUUUUGUGCUGAUAACCCUGGCUUCUGGGACCGCCAAUAAUGUCACUGGCAGCAAACCAAGUAAUAACAAAGUCUCAAUGUGUUACGGUGGACAACCAGGGACAAAUGGCAUCCCCGGCAUGCAUGGCAUACCGGGUUCCCCUGGGGCACCUGGACGUGAUGGACGUGACGGAGCCAAAGGAGACCAGGGUUGCCCGGGAAAGACUGGGCCCCAGGGACCAGCUGGCGCAGAAGGAAAGAAAGGAGAUAAGGGAGAGCCUGGAGCCCAGGGCCCCGCCGGCCAAAAAGGACAGCGAGGGGAGAAAGGUGAGAGUGGAACUCCAGGAUCACCUCAGCUUUCCUCGCACAUGAACUGGAAAGAAUGCACCUGGAAAAAGGUUGACGGCAAAGACUCAGGUGUGAUCCAGAACUGUGACUUUAUGAAGAACUUCACAGACACUGCCCUCCAUGUUUUCUUUGCUGGUAACCUCAGGAUUCAAGGAUGUGACAACUGCUGUAGUCGUUGGUAUUUUACCUUCAAUGGCGCCGAGUGCAGCUCUCCUGGCUCCAUUGACGGUGCCUUCUACAUGGCAACCGGCAAGAACCACAAUCUUCAUCGUCACCGCCAUAUUGAAGGUCACUGUAAUAACAUCCACAAGGGAAAGGUGCGAGUGGGAUUCUGGGUUGGAAGUUGCAACACUGGCCACAAGAAUACUGACGCUUACACAGGCUGGGCGACAAUGUCCCGGAUCUUCAUUGAAGAGGUGUCAAAAGCUCAGCAGUAACACGUUACACAUGAUCAACUGGACUUUCUAGAAGAAAUCUGUUGUAUAGUAAGGGUAGAUAAACUGCUCUGCUGUCUUCGUCUGCUGUCUUCAACAGUUUGUAUCAGCUGAGAAAUAAAGUCCAGGAAAGUAAUCAAAAAUCUGUCUUGUUU